AUGAUUUCCACACUCAUUCUCUCGACUAUAAUCACUCUGGCUACGGCUCAGCAGGUCACAAUGACCGUCCCAUACGUCUUCGGCGAUGCCAAUUCUGUAGCUGCGUCCGUUGUAGGCGCCAACAAGGACGCCACCACAUUCGCGCUGGCGUGUAUGUCAGCCGACUGCGGACUCUUCCCCAAGAACAUCCUCGUCGUGGGACGCUCGACCUACCACGUCGACAUGUCGGACCCCAACACCGAUUUCACCGCAACCCAGGAUUGCGUGCUUGCAUCCAGCAGUGCGGUGUGCAAGGAAACUGCUGGCGGCAGUGAGGCCAACUUCCCGGGAUCGAGCACGACGACUUACGAGGGUACCGAGAUUGGCAAGCUGACCUUGACGGUCACUGCGGGUACGGAGGAGCUGGUUCUUACAGGUUCCGUGGCCGGGAGCUCGUCUGCAAUAGCGUCGCAGACUGCAGCUCGGAGUGUACCUUCAAGCGCAUCGACAGCAAGCGUCACGCCAAUGCCGGGGUCAGGUAGCGCCGCUGCAUCUUCAAGCGCAUCUCGAACGGGUUCUGCACCUGCCCAGGCUUCUACGGCCGGUGCGGCAGUCAACGGUAUGGUCUUCGGAGGGGGUUUUGUUGGCAUUGCUGCAUGUGUGUUUGGCGGUCUGCUGUUGUAG